AUGUGGGAUGAUUUAGGUGUGUACCUUAGGGAAGUUAACGGUCCUGAAAUGGCGAACAAGAGCAUAAGUGAAUUAGUUGCACUAGAUCCUGUCUCCACUUCUCGAUUUAUUGAUAACAAGUUUAAGGCUAUGUUGGACUUCAUUAUGUCGUCCGAUGAGCCGCUUGGAAAAGUAACACAUUACUUUUGGAGACGAGUGUAUCAAUCCCGUGGAGCGCAACACUUUCAUUUAAUGUUAUGUGUAAAAAACGCCCCCAUACUUCACGAGUCCUUGCUUGAUGUGGUUGCAUCAUUCAUUUCAAAGUACGUAACAUGUGCUAUACCUGACAAGAAUGUUUCACCAACACUCUAUCAACGAGUUACGUCAUAUCAGACCCAUAAACAUAAUAAGUAUUGCAUGCGCCAAAAGAAAACAAGACGAGGUUUCGUAAAAGUUUGUCGUUUCGGAUUCCCCCGCCCGGUCACAGAAAUACUUACUAUUAGAGAUAUAAUAGAAUCAAUAGCUACAAGAACAACAUUGUCCCCUAACAGUAGACUUUACUAUAUUGUACGCAAAAAAGAAUGCGUUAUGAUUAAUUAUUAUAAUCCCGCUAUUUUACUAGCAUGGAAUGGCAAUACAGACAUUCAAUAUGUAUGCGAAAAAACAGCUAUUUUAAAUUAUUACGUCAUUAAAUAUACCACCAAAAGCGAGAAAACUCACGUUGCUGAUAUGUUUCAAGACAUAAACCACAAACUAAUAAGAGACAUAAACUCUACAAAACCUUUAAGAAGCCGCCUGUUUAACAUUGGCCUUAGAGUAUUGUCUAAUAGAGAGAGUGCGGCUCUUUGGAAGCCAGUGACCUUUACUUGGUAUUUUACUUUGUACGGUACAGAUCCUACCACAACAAUUCGAUGGCUGGACGUUAACAUCUUUCGUAACCGGCGCGUUAAAUCUAAAUCUGAUAUGAUGAUGCUAGACUGGACUCCAGCCAUCGUUAUUUAUUACGAGUCUUGGAUUGAUGACCACUAUCCUAAACGGCCUAAAGAGUUGGAGAAUACUAACUUGUAUAGUUUCGCUCAAAAUUACGAUAUUGUUAAAACACGCCCAGUCUCCUCUAAAGUCAAGUACUACGAGAUAAAUGAUGGUAAAAAGUUCCUGAAAAGAAGAGCUAACCCAUAUUUGAUUAAUCACUAUUUCUACGACGGAGAACAAGUACCAGAGAAAUACUUCUUCUCUUUACUUCUUUUAUUCAAGCUGGUUGAGCGACGGGCCUAA